AUGCAGGCUCCAAAGGAUGUGGGCGGCUUCUUUCCAAGGCAUCAUUUCAGUUCGUUGGUUCUGCCAGGCUGUGGAGCUACCGGUGGUCCGUUGCUGUUCCUGGGAGGGCAGAAAGCAUCAGGCGGUUGGUGUUGCAAUGACGUGUGGCGGUGCACCUUGUCGAAGACGGCUUGGCGCGAUUGCAACUGGAAGCUCAUCUCAGCACAUGAUGAAGGCUAUAGCGAUGAUCGUGGGCGGCGCUGGCACCGGAAGUGGAAGCCGCGGUGCAACUUUGCCGUUGCUGGGGCUUCAGCACGCAGAGGCUACUUGCUGUAUGUUGCAGGCGGUGAAGAUGCAGCGGGAGGUCGCUUGAACGACCUCUGGGCCUCGCAGGAUGGUGGACUCUCCUGGCGUUGCAUGUCGCAGGCGUCUCCAUGGUCCCCCCGUGCCGCUUGUGCUCUCUUGAGCGUCUCCGGGCGACCGGAACGGCUGCUGCUCUGUGGAGGCUUGGCGGCGGCAGCCGAAGUCUGUCAAGAUCUCUGGAUGAGUGACGACGCAGGCUUCAGUUGGCAUCGGCUGCCGGAACCAUCCUGGGCUCAUAUCACCGGGCGCUUUCGAGCAGCCUUGAUGCCUUUGGAGGUGGGCCAGCACAGGGGCGACGGCGCAGUCCCCAUCCUGAUCCUGGGCGGCUGCUUCAUCGACGGUGGCGAGGGCGGCGGCUUUGGCGGCUAUGAGCGGCUCAUGCACGAUGCUUGGGAAGGGCAUGUGGACUUUGAGACGCAGGCCGUGCAUUGGAAGCCUUGGGGCACUCAGAUGGACGAGCGAGGGAGGCGUUGGGCACGGCUCGGGAUGGACGUGGCCAGCUGCACGAAGGAGCGCGACUCGCACCUGGUGGCGUUGCUGCCAGGGCACCCGUCGGUGUCCGUGGCACCGCUCUGCGCUCCGGAGAAUGCCGAGAGCUUGCCAUGGCGCCCUGCCCAGGAGCCGCACCUUUUGAGAGAGGCCUUAAGGCAUCACUGGAGCCGUUCCAUCUCAGUCCAAGAUGGCUAUGGCCAGUGCCACGUCCGUCUGAGCACAGCACUGCGAGCGGUGCCACGCUUGGUGUUGGCCUUCGAUGAAGGCAUUUUGAUCUCCAGCUUUGAGGAGUGGCAGAGGCAAGUGACCUUCCUUUUGCUCGUGGCUUUACGCCAAUCGCGCCGCCCAGUGGCGGCGCUGCCUGUGGAUGUGUGGCGUCAAAGGAUCCUUCCGGCGGUGCUACCAGGUCUCUGA